AUGGUUCCACGCUCCUUCAGCGAGAUUUCCUCCAGGAACUCUUAUCUUGCCACUGUCGUCAUUCUCCUGCCGAAGACAAUGAAUCUCAUCGAAGGAUCUGGUGUCAGGCAUUUGUGCAGCGUUCUUCCUGUGGAUGAUCCAAUCUGGUUUCAGCAGACGUUACCCACCAUCACAGAUACCGAUGCUCUCUUCAAGGAACACGCCAUUUCGCUAGUUUCUCGUGCUGCAAAGAGUGCCAUUGCAGAAUGGGGCGGUUCCAUGCAGGACAUCACUCAUAUUGUAGCUGUGACCUGUACUAACACUGCAAACCCGGGUUUUGACAUCACCAUAUGUAGUACACUUGGCCUUCGUCCCACAGUCCACCGCACUCUGUUGCAUGGCCUCGGCUGCGCCGGUGGAGUUUCAGCCUUGCGCAUUGCCCAUGACCUUCUCGCCGGGGCGGCUCUUCAGGGGCUGCCGGCGCGAGCUCUUGUUGUCUCGUGCGACUUACCGACUCUUUUUGCCCGUGCAGAGCUCCACCGUAUCAACGUGGACCAGGAAGUGGGAUUUGGACUGGGCCGAUUCAGCGACGGCGCGUCUGCCUUAGUGCUCACCAACUGGAUACGCACCCAAGUACUCGAAAGAGCCCCCAUCUGGAAUUUACUCGGGUUCCGAAGCGUGAUCAUCAAUGAGUCUGAGGGAUACAGUGAGCUGAACGUUGGGCCUUUGGGAUUCAAACCGAAUAUUUCGACUUUUAUCCCCAGACUCGUCUCGACGGAGUUAUUUUCCAAUUUCACGGCACUCGUCAACUCCGUUCCAAGCCUUCACACUGAUCCCGCUCGUGAGUUGCCGAACUCCUACAAUUGGGCUUCAGAUUUCCCCGGUCGUGCUUCCUUGAAGUAUGCUCAAGGAGCAUUGGAUCUCCGGAAGUCCAAUCUGUUCCAUAGCCACGCAGUCUACAGGUCUAGGGGCAGUACGAUAUCCUCUUCUGUGCUGAACAUACUCGAUUUUAUGAGGCACCAGGGCAAUGGCACUGAGCAUAGCGCAAACGGAAGAGACAGAGUCAUCGCGUUGGCAAUUGGACCGGGAGUUAUCUUGGAGAUGGCAGUUCUGCACAAAGCCUCCACAAAGAGCAUGCGAUAUGCGGCACUU